UACACUCUAAAUCCAAAUCCAUCUUUAGUGCACAUUUUACAAAUGUAGAGCUAGCCUAUAAACUAUCAUGUGUAAGUUUUGAAGUCUUGACUGGAAAAAUGGAUUCUGUUCUAUCGCCCAAGCACAUUGCUUCCGAAGAGUUCAGCCUCUCCAAUCUCGAAGCUGCUGCCUCCUAUCCGUCUGGUCUGUUCAACGUUUCGAGCUACCAGCCCAAACCAAGAAGCAGCAAGUCCAUCCGAAAUUCUUGGGUUGGCUCAGUGAUUGGCAUAGUGACCGCUGGAGAUGACGCCCAGGGUAUGAACUCUGCCAUCAGCGCCGUUGUGAAGAUGGCGUAUUACUUGGGCUCCACUGUCUUCUACAUUAAAAAUGGCUUUCGUGGAAUGGUCGAAGGCGAUGACAAUUACGUGAUGGCCACGUGGUAUAGUACUAUGAAUAUUGUGGGAAAAGGCGGAACCACUAUAAAAACGUUCAAGUGUCCUGAGUUUGCAGAUCGUAGCGCCCGCUUGAAGGCAGCCAAAAAUCUGGUGGAACAUGGAAUCUUGAAGAUCAUUGCUAUAGGAGGGGAUGGUACUUUGAAAGGCAUCUGGGCUCUGUACAAUGAUUGGCUGAGUCUGCUGAGAGAACUGGACGACCGGGACAUGGUCAACAGGACGUUGCUUCAGAGCUCCAGACGACUCAGAGUUGUCGGCAUUGUGUCUAGCAUCGUCAACGACGUCUGCGGAACGGACAUGUCCAUAGGAGCGAACUCGGCCACACAGAGGAUACUUGAAACCUUGGACGCCAUAAUGACCAACGCUAGCAGCUCGCAGACUGCAUUUAUAGUGGAGGUAAUGGGUAAAACGAGCGGUUACCUGACCUUGGCUUCAGGAGUUGCCUGUGAUGCCAGUAUGAUCUUCUUACCGGAGUGGCCUCCGCAGGGAGAUUGGAAGGAAGAACUCUGUAAUAAAGUGAGGGACGAUUUGUUGAUUCGACAGCAAGGCCUCAUGAUCAUCAAGUCGGAAGGAGCCACGGACGUACAAGGACAGCCCAUCACCGCCGAGGAAAUCUCGAAAGUGUUAAGAGAGAAAUUAAAGAUCAUAAGCCAAAUUACCGUGCUAGGGCACUUCCAGAGUGGUGGCGUGCCAACAGCCUAUGACAGAUUGCUGGGGAUACGAAUGGGGUCAGAAGCAGUUUUACUCAUGAAAGACGGGCCUCUGGAUGCCUGCAUCGUGACGAUCAAAGGUUGUGAGAUGGGCUUUAUGUCAUUGGAAAAAUGCCUUGGUUUUACCAACGCCACAGAGAAAUUUCUGGCAGAGAAAGACUUCAGCAAUGUCGUCCGACGUAGGGGAAAGAAUUUUCAGUGUUUGCUCAGCUCCUAUGUGCUCUUGCACAGUAUGCGGUCAUCCCCGGUAAGCAGCAUGGCGAUCCUGGCCGGCAUCAGGCGUGUGGGCAUCAUCCAAGUGGGCAUGGACACCCUAGGACAGUGUAUUGUGUGCAAGGCUUUCGUCGGUUACUGCCAGAGCAGAGGCUACGCUGUAAUUGGAAUAAAAGAUGGCUUCGAAGGACUCUUGAGGAGACAAUUUAUAUCUCUGUCCUGGGACAUUGUCAAGAACUGGACCUCUGAAAAUGAUUGCUUAGGAUCAGGCAAACAGGCCGCAGAGCAUUACCAGCUAGAUUCAUUGGACGCUGCUGUUAAUGAGCUGAAUAUAUGUGGCUUGAUUCUCUUGGGUUCAUUUUCUGCUUAUGAGAGCCUGUGUACCUUGUACGAGGCGAGACUUCAAUACAAAAACUUAGGUAUCCCAAUGUGCAUGGUGCCUACCGGUAUUCUCAACAACGUCCCUGGUUCGGAUAUCACCGUGGGAUGUGAUUCGGCUCUGAAUGAGUACGUCACUUAUUGUGACAAGAUGACUAGAGUUGCCCAUGCCAGCAAGAAUUAUGUCUACGUCAUAGAGACUAUGUGUGAGAACGCAGGUUACCUGACCACUCUAGCUGCCGUCUGCUCAGAGGCGGAUGCUGCCUACAUUAGCUUGGAGCCAUUCACCCUGAAUGAUCUUUUGAAAGAUGCUGACCACGUGAAGCGAAAAAUUCAACAGUCAGGAUGUCGCAGUGCUCUGAUAUUGAUUGGAACAAACUCAAGCGAGUUCUACAAUACCGACUUUGUCCGUCAGUUGUUUGCAGAAGAAGGAAAAGGCGUGUUCUCCUGUAAGAAAGGGGUCAUGGGUCACGUCCAGUUAGGUGGACACAUCUCUGUCUGGGACAGACAGAAUGCCAUAAUCCAUGGCUUCCGUGCUGGAGAAUGGCUGCUGAACUACGUGGACAACGUGCCGGUCAGCCCUGAAGGUAUUCUAUACGACCCUGGACCCAAUGCUAAAGUUGUACUGUCUGUAUCGAAGAGAAAUAUCAAGUUCAAGACGAUAGCCAGACUUAUUUGCGAGACCGACUUCGGCACACAGAACCCCACGUUUAACUGGUGGAUGAAGUUACGCCCUUUGCUCAGAGUAAUGGCGCAGCACUUUGAUGUUGAGUAUGAACUGGAGAUAUCAGACGACACCAGUGCCGUCUCAGACGUGGAGGACACCAACAUGUACGACAUGCUGAACGAGCAGCACAAACAUUCCCAUGGAUAAUGGUCAACUCAUUGGUCACUCCAUAGGCCAUUCCAGAAGGAACUCUGCUGGAUCUGACAAUGACUCACAGGAAAUUCGAUAAAUGUUUUUAAAAUGCAGGUUUCUUAAAUACAUUGACCUGGAGACACUUUCAGACUAAUUUCUAAAUAAUGUCUUAUUUUUGGAUAAGGCAAUUCAGUUCUGCACACUCUGUUGGAAUCCGCUAAAAUUAUAUAAAAUUAUAUUAUUAUUCAUUUUGGCAAUGACUACAGCAAUAUGAUUGUGAUUCACUGAUGUUGUUACUGUUUCAGAGUCUCUAGUAACAAUUUAUUCUCCAUAAAGUAAAAAACGAAACAAAUACCUUUCAUUACUUAAAUUUUAUCUCUUGUCUUUUAUCUCUUGUCUUUUAUCUCUUGUCUUUAUCCUUUUUUUGAGUGACAUCUUAUAUAUUAUAAGACAAAGAUUUCUAAGGAAAAUUGUCUUCAAUGUUUCGUCUUUAAAUGGCUCCAUGUAUCUUGAUUGUUGUGAUAUGUUACCUGCAAACUGCCAAAUCAAUAUUAAGGCUCUUAUUACUUCUUACUAGUGUCCACAUUUUAUAGUGCUGACUUUAUUGUUUUGGAAAAAGAGCCUUAGAUUUCCUGUGUCAGAUUUUUGGAAGCAACAAAAGCCGAUUGGUAUGCGUUUGAAGUGUUUGAUAUUAGAAUAUAUGAUUGAAUUAGAUAUAAUUGAAUUAGAUGUAAUUAUAUAUGAUUAAAUUAGUUAGGAUUAAAUUAAAUAAGAGUGAGUUAUGCAUCAUUGUAUUACAUAUCAUUGAAUUAGAUACCAUUUAAUAAGAUAUUAUUGAAUUAGAUUAUUUAAUAACCAACUAAGAAUGACUUAAGCUUAAAAGAAAAAUUUAUAAUUAAAAAAAAAGAAGUGU